CCCCCCCCCAAUGGCGCUCCUCCUAUCGCCUACCGUCUCCUUCCUCGCCUCCCCCUCCCCUCCUCACUCCCGGGCGCUCUCCACCGCCCCGGCGGCCACCAUCGUCUCCUGCAGCACCCCAAGGCUGCAAUGCAAGAACCUCGUCUCCCUACAGAGCCCUCUGAAUGUGACUGCCACUUGUGUUUCUUUUGCCAAGAAGAGGCCGGUUCUUGUUCAUGCUGCCACAGAGGGCAGUGAAGCACAACCAGAAGAACCGAAAACGGUGGCUAAGAUCGAGGAAAUGCCACUCGAGUCGAAGCAGAAGAUGAUCAUGGAGCAGAGAGCACGGAUGAAGCUGGCCAAGAAGUUGAGGCAGCGGCGCAAGCGGCUUGUCCGCAAGAGGCGCCUGAGGAAGAAGGGCAGGUGGCCGCCAUCCAAGAUGAAGAAGCUCAAGAACGUCUGAAUGGCAGUGAUACCAGCCGCCACUGUAUUGUAGACCUAUGUGUCUUGUUCCUCUAGCACCAUCUUUGCGAAUCGAGACGUUGGAGCUUGUUUCUUUUCUACAAUUUUGCUGUUCAGAAUCUGAAACAGAAUGCCUGUAAAAUGUAAUUAUGCUUUUCCAUAAUGAAAUCAUCUUACAUUCUAGUGUA